AUGGCUGCGAGGGGGAAGGGGAAAGGGACGCAAGAGAGGGGCGCAAAACGAAAUGCGGCUACACCCGGUUCUGAAGGUAAAUCCGCCAAUGCAGCCACCGGUGCAUUGACGCGAGUGCAGGCACGAGCCCAAGGGGCACCUCUUCAGCUGCCAUGGCUACCCGCCGGAAGCACGUCGCGCCCGGGCCCUCAUUCUCAGCAGGAGACUCACUCUCCAGCGGCAGAUGGUGCAGGGACCACGGGCACAGGGCGGCAGCAGCACGAACCACGCCCUGCUGCGCCUCAUCGAGCUGGGGAUCGCGUGCAACAUCUGGCCGGCUCUGCAGCCCAGCAUGCAGCUGGUCAAGCACAGUCGCGAGGAGAGAGAGGCACUCCCCAACAUCCAACAACCGCCGCUCCCAACGAACAAUAUCAGCUACAACCGGAGUGUCAGCAGCCCACCGACCCCACGAAGAUCCAGGCUCAACAGGGGCAGUCCAAGUGUCCUGUUCCAACCACCACCCCUCCGGUGGAUCAGGAGCAUCUCCCGAAAGCCCAGGGAAAGGCGAACGGCGACGGAAACGCGGCACCAAUGACGGGAUAUGAGGGAGGAGAGGAAGCUGACGUUGGGGCUCCUGCUCCGCAACAACAGCCGGAGAGACGGGGACAGUGGGGGCUGCCGGGAGAACACCGGGAGGCAGCACGGACGGAGGAGGCGGCUGAGGAUACUGCGGCAGUGGCGGCGGCUGGGACGACAGAGGCUGAGGCGGGGUUGCCACAACCGACGCCGACGCAGGCGGUGGAGGAGCCGCCGUUGGGAGCGCAAACGAACGUUGCAACGACUGAGGCGCCAGCACUGACGCCCACGUCUGUCGUGGAGGCUGCGGCACCACAUCCGGACCAGACGACCCAGCCUACGCCACCGGCGGAGACGGCAGCAGGGGUGCCAUGGCGGACGAGGACUGCUGCUGUGACAAGGAGGCCUGAGACUGCGGCGAGGGAAGCUGCAAGGGCUGCGACUGGGAUGCCAGAGGCGGAGUCUGCUACGCCAGAGCGCGCGAUGGAACGGCUGACCGCGGGCUCGCAAAUAGGGAUCAGUCCGUCCACGGAAGGGGGGGGGGGGGAUAAAUCGGCUUUAGGGGACCGGACUGAACAGAUGGCGCCAGGGAAGAACCGCCGCCCGCUGUGGCCGCAACCACAUCAGCGGCGGCUCGGAGCAGGGCUAGAACCUGCCCGCCCUGGCCCACUGGUGAGAUGGUCGCUGCAGCAAGCCCCACCACACUCCGCUCAUGACGAGGAGGCCGACGCUUCCCCAUCAUCGGGACGCUGCCGAGCAGGAGCCACAUUAGUAGCCGACGAGGAGCAGGAGCCGAUUGCCGAAGAGGAAGAUAACGUGGAGGACGGAGGAAACAAGAGAGAGCCGGGGCCAAGGCAACGCCGCCAACGUGCGGGAACGAGCAGGCAGCAAGCCCUCCAGGAACAGACAAACAACGUGCGGCAAGUCAAGGGCCGCAAAACGCGGCGCCCAGGGCGGCAAGAGGUGGCCGGGGGAGAGGACGGGCCGGUGGGAGAGGACUAG